AUGUCUAUCAUCGAGCUCGGGGAGUCGAUUCCUGCCCUCACACCCCAUGCUUCCAGCGUGUCUCUUCCAACAUGGCAAGACAAUAUAGGCUACGAGGAAGGACAACCGCGAGUGAUGAGCAAGCUGACCACUGGCUAUCCACGCUUCUUCAUUCACAAGCUCAUUGCCGCCUUUGCUGAGGACAUCGUCGGAUCAUAUGGCAAUCCUGGUCAGCAGGCAAUGCUAUUCCCGUCCAGCAGGACAGCCCAGAGAUGUUUUGCUUUCAUAAAAUCUAGAGCAAUAGCAAGUGCUGUUGAUCAAGUCAAAGUCGUUGAUUUGGUCUGGGAUAGGAGCCAAGCAAAUUCAGAGACACUCAAAAAACUAUCACCUUCUAUUUCCGCCGUCAUAUUUCCCAAAGAACUGUUUCCAAUAGCGAAGCAGUACUGGCAGCACUCGGGAGAUGGCAUCUCGAGUAGACGCGCAGAGUUUUGCCACGGCCUCUUCCGGGAGGGCAUCUUAGUUGACCAGGCCAUAUUUCGGCCCGCGCCCGGUGGCUUCCAGAAAACCUCUAGGGGUCCAAGGAGAUAUCAAACAAAAUCCAUAGAUACCCCCAAAGUGCACAACGCGGUGCCAGACAGUGAUGACGCCCAGCACACUGCAACUACCGACGGUAAUGCAGAAACUCGAGAGAGCUCACAAUUCUUGGAAGAGCGCUUCGGUCGGAACCUGGACGUUGGAUUUGUUGAGAAUGCGAAAUCAGCGAUCCGUCGGCGGAUAGCCGGGUCCCUGAUGGGCGAGGUAGACUUGGCUGCAGCGCUGAGCCCACAGAUGAACUCUAACGCGCGUGGGGUUGUUGGCCUUUCCGAAAACGAUGUUUAUCUUUAUCCUUGUGGGAUAAAUUCUAUAUUUAAUAGCCACCAAAUGUUGCUCCAAGCUAGGGGACAACUCAAGAGCAUCUGUUUUGGGUUCCCCUACGUCGACACUCUUAAAAUUCUGGAAAAGUUUGGGCCAGGAUGCCUUUUCUAUGGGAAUGGCUCGUCAGAGGACCUUGAUGACCUCGAGGCCCGGUUGGCCGCAGGAGAAAAAUUCCUGGCCUUAUUUUGCGAGUUCCCUGGCAAUCCCAUGUUGAAAUGUCCAGAUCUUAAACGCAUUCGCCGGCUAGCUGAUACCUAUGAUUUUGCUGUGGUUGUUGAUGAAACGAUUGGUAAUUUUAUCAACGUUCAUGUCCUGCCAUACGCCGACAUCGUUGUCAGCAGUCUGACCAAGAUAUUUUCUGGGGAAUGCAAUGUUAUGGGAGGAAGUGCGAUACUCAAUCCUCGUGGACACUACUAUCAAUCUUUGAAGGAGAUAGCGAAGGCCGAAUACGAAGACAACUAUUGGGCCGAGGACGUAAUAUUUAUGGAGCGCAAUAGUCGUCACUUUGUGUCCCGGAUCGAAAGGAUCAACGACAAUGCCGACCUCAUCUGUAAUAUCCUUCGAGCACAUCCUCUGGUUAAGGAUGUGUACUACCCAAGGUACAACCCCUCACGGGUCUUUUAUGAUGAUUGCCGAACACCUAACGGAGGAUAUGGGGGCUUGCUCUCUUUCACCUUCCAUGAAAAGGCUCAGGCUAUUGCCUUUUUUGACCGUAUUGAGACCGCGAAGGGACCGAGUCUAGGCACGAACUUCACCCUAACAUCGCCAUACGUUAUAUUAGCACACUUUUUAGAGUUGGACUGGGCGGCACAGUUUGGGAUUCCCGCUGAUCUAAUCCGCAUCAGUGUGGGACUAGAGGAUGCGGAAGAUCUCAAGGAACGAUUUGCGGUUGCGCUGAAGGCUGCGGAGGAAGUUAGCUCUUGA